GCGACGCUUCGGCCGGAGCCGCGGGCGGCCGUUGCCAGGGCGGGGGGCGCUUUGCGGCAUGGCGAUGGCGGAGGGCGAGCGGACGGAGUGUGCGGAGCCUCCCCGGGACGAGCCCCCGGCUGACGGCGCCCUGAAGCGGGCCGAGGAGCUCAAGACGGAGGCCAACGACUACUUCAAAGCCAAGGACUACGAGAACGCCAUCAAGUUCUACAGCCAGGCCAUUGAGCUGAACCCGAGCAGCGCCAUCUACUAUGGCAACCGAAGCCUGGCCUACCUGCGCACCGAGUGCUACGGCUAUGCCCUGGCCGAUGCCACGCGCGCGCUGGAGCUGGACCGCAAGUACAUCAAGGGCUACUACCGCAGGGCGGCCAGCAACAUGGCCCUGGGCAAGUUCCGGGCCGCCCUACGCGACUACGAGACGGUGGUGAAGGUGAAGCCACAGGACAGGGACGCGCAGCUCAAGUACCAGGAGUGCAGCAAGGUGGUGAAGCAGAAGGCCUUCGAGCGCGCCAUCGCUGGCGACGAGCACAAGCGCUCGGUUGUGGACUCGCUGGACAUCGAGAGCAUGACUAUCGAGGAUGAGUACAGCGGGCCCAAGCUGGAGGACGGCAAAGUGACCGUGACCUUCAUGAAGGACCUCAUGCAGUGGUACAAGGACCAGAAGAAGUUGCACCGGAAGUGCGCCUACCAGAUCCUGGUACAGGUGAAAGAGAUCCUCUCUAAGCUGAGCACGCUGGUAGAGACAACACUUAAAGAGACAGAAACCAUGACGGUGUGUGGGGAUACCCACGGCCAGUUCUAUGACCUCCUCCACAUCUUCGAGCUAAACGGGUUACCCUCUGAGACCAACCCCUACAUAUUCAACGGCGACUUCGUGGACCGAGGCUCCUUCUCGGUCGAAGUCAUCCUUACGCUCUUCGGCUUCAAGCUCCUAUACCCCGAUCACUUCCACCUGCUCCGAGGCAACCACGAGACGGACAACAUGAACCAGAUCUACGGCUUUGAGGGUGAGGUGAAGGCCAAGUACACGGCGCAGAUGUUCGAGCUCUUCAGCGAGGUCUUCGAGUGGCUACCGCUGGCCCAGUGCAUCAAUGGCAAAGUGCUGAUCAUGCACGGGGGCCUUUUCAGUGAGGAUGGCGUCACCCUGGACGACAUCCGGAAGAUCGAGCGGAACCGGCAGCCCCCCGAUUCUGGCCCCAUGUGUGACCUGCUCUGGUCGGACCCACAACCGCAGAACGGGCGUUCGGUCAGCAAGCGCGGUGUGAGCUGCCAGUUCGGGCCCGACGUGACGCAGGCCUUCCUGGAGGAAAACCAGCUUGACUACAUCAUCCGCAGCCACGAGGUCAAGGCCGAGGGCUAUGAGGUGGCGCACAGUGGCCGCUGUGUCACCGUCUUCUCAGCCCCCAACUACUGCGACCAGAUGGGCAACAAAGCCUCCUAUAUUCACCUCCGAGGCUCCGACUUGCGGCCCCAGUUCCACCAGUUCACAGCAGUGCCUCACCCCGACGUCAAGCCCAUGGCCUACGCCAGCACGCUGUUGCAACUGGGCAUGAUGUGAUACGGCUGCCUCCCUCCCUGUCCAGUUUGUAUUUAUUCCCGGGGCAGGCCGGGCUGCUCCCCGCACCGUCGAUGCCAGAGACGGAUGGGUCAGGUGGGGGUGCACCCCAACGCUCGGGAGGGACUCCCCGCAGAUCAGUUAGGGGGAGCCCCGCCCCACCCCCUUCAUGGCCGAAUCCCGCUACAGCAAUAGGCCUCGUCGCAGAGAGGCCCUGGGAUGGGAGUGCUCGGGGAGGCCCGGCCUGUACCCUCCUGACCGCCCGGGUGGGCUGUGCUGGGGCACUCCCUUCCCGGCUAUUUUAUGUCUGUAAUUAAAUAUGUUAAAAUAAAGUCGCUAUUGUAAGUCA